AUGGGAGAUCAAGGGCAUUUCCAAAGAUCGCCUUACAACACCCCGCAUCAACGGCUGUCGUCAAGUAGCUCGAUCGGUUCACAGCAAAGCUUUCCCGGAGAGGAAUCGCCUCAAGAUUAUCAAACCAUGCAACCGGUCACCCUCAAUAAUCAAAUGCCAUUACGAGACGAGAUGAACAAUCUGCACCUCUUGCGCGCGCACUCACAGUCAAGUCUCAGCGGAAGUGACUCUUUCGAUGUUUAUCCAGAUUUCGACGACAUGUCCGGCUUUGAAUACACUGAACCACAGGCUCCUCUCAUUGGAGAUCCAAACGUGCUACGGAAUCAACAAAACAAUCCAAACUAUCAACCGGACCACUACGCCACAGACUACGAAGUCAAUCAACCACAAAUGCACCAAAUGACCCCAAAUGAUCAAAAUGAAGGCUACAAUGAAGAUGAACGAUUUGAAUCGACUCUCACUCACGCUAGCGCCAACAACGCACAAGGCUACUAUGAAGAUGACCGAUUUGAAUCAACUCUCACUCAUGCUAGCGCCAACAACGCACCAGCUGUAACCACUCACCCACAACAGACUCCAAUGAUGGUCUAUUCGAAUCUUGCGAGUCAGGAGCCACAACCUGAAUAUUACUAUCAAGCUCCUCACUACAGUAUGAGUGCUGAAGAUUACAGUAACCAAGGUGCCGGAGACGAGAGUGACACGAGUCAACGCAGUAUUCGGCGUGGAAGAACGAGUCGCUCUGCGAAUCGGCCAUACGAUCGGGCGGCGUCACGCAGCACCAGCCGAAACAGCAAUCACAGUCAAAGUAGCUUAAAUCAGAGUCAACCUGCGGGUAGAGGUCGCCCUGCUCUCUACAAAAUCGAUUUAAACAAUCUCACCGAGUCACAAAUGAAGUCUAAGAAAGAGAUCGAGGAUGGCGAAGUUUACCGGAAUAAAGCUACCGAAAACGAGAAAUGCGUCUAUCUCUUGAAUCGGCUAAAAAACAUUGAAGCUACGCGAAACAGUCGUUCAAAUAAGAAUAUUAUGCUGAGAGAUGUUCUGAAUUUUGGUGAAGAACUUUAUCAUGCUGCUCAGCACGUGCGGCAAACAAUUCCUGGAGUUGAAAACGUUGAAAGUUUACUGGAAAAGAUUGAACGUUGGGAAAUUGUUAAUAAGAUCUAUUUUGUUGAAAAGGUCAACGAUCUUACGCCGAAACUCAAUGAAGACAACGAUCUG